CGGAGUGGAACCUCCCGGAAAAUGCUCUUCUCUUCCGUGUGCGCCGGAUGGGGGUGGGGGUGGGCCCGAAUCUAAACGCCACGGUCGGGAGAGCUGAAAGGACCCGAACGCCAAGGCGGAGGCGGGAGAGGAGUCGGAGAGGAUGGCCGGGGCCGGCGGCCAGCACCACCCUCCGGGCGCCGCGGGAGGAGCGACCGCCGAGGCCGGCGCCGCGGUCACCCCCGCCGCUGCCUCGGCGGGGCCCGGAGAGGAUUCGUCCGACAGCGAAGCCGAGCAAGAGGGGCCCCAGAAACUGAUUCGCAAAGUGUCCACCUCGGGGCAGAUCCGGACCAAGACCAGUAUUAAAGAGGGACAGCUGUUGAAGCAAACCAGUUCUUUCCAAAGGUGGAAAAAGCGAUACUUCAAACUUCGAGGUCGUACACUUUAUUAUGCAAAGGACUCAAAGUCUCUGAUAUUUGAUGAAGUUGACCUCUCAGAUGCCAGUGUAGCUGAGGCGAGCACAAAAAAUGCUAACAACAGCUUCACGAUAAUCACUCCAUUCAGAAGACUAAUGCUGUGCGCUGAGAACAGAAAAGAGAUGGAGGAUUGGAUCAGCUCACUGAAGUCUGUACAGACCAGAGAACCUUACGAGGUGGCCCAGUUUAAUGUGGAACAUUUCUCAGGGAUGCAUAACUGGUACGCCUGCUCCCAUGCCCGACCCACUUUCUGCAAUGUGUGCCGAGAGAGUCUCUCUGGAGUCACCUCCCAUGGCCUGUCCUGCGAAGUGUGUAAAUUCAAGGCUCACAAAAGGUGUGCAGUGAGGGCAACAAACAACUGCAAGUGGACGACUCUGGCCUCCAUCGGGAAGGACAUCAUUGAGGACGAGGAUGGAGUGGCUAUGCCCCACCAGUGGCUCGAGGGUAACUUGCCCGUGAGCGCCAAAUGUGCCGUCUGUGACAAAACAUGCGGCAGUGUUCUCCGUCUGCAAGAUUGGAAAUGCCUUUGGUGUAAAACGAUGGUACACACUGCCUGCAAAGAUUUAUACCAUCCUGUUUGUCCACUUGGCCAAUGUAAAGUGUCUGUCAUACCUCCAAUUGCACUAAACAGCACAGACUCUGAUGGUUUCUGUAGAGCAACGUUUUCAUUCUGUGUUAGUCCUCUGUUGGUUUUUGUCAAUUCUAAGAGUGGAGAUAAUCAGGGAGUAAAGUUUCUUCGUCGAUUUAAACAGCUACUAAAUCCGGCUCAGGUGUUUGAUUUAAUGAAUGGAGGUCCUCAUUUAGGUUUAAGAUUGUUCCAGAAGUUUGACAAUUUCCGGAUUCUCGUUUGUGGAGGAGAUGGAAGUGUAGGUUGGGUUUUGUCAGAAAUUGAUAAACUCAACUUGAAUAAACAGUGUCAGCUGGGAGUCCUGCCUCUGGGUACAGGAAAUGACCUGGCCCGGGUUCUUGGCUGGGGAGGUUCAUAUGAUGAUGACACCCAACUUCCACAGAUACUGGAGAAGCUGGAACGAGCCAGUACCAAAAUGCUGGACAGGUGGAGUAUAAUGACCUAUGAACUCAAAUUGCCACCAAAGUCUUCUCUACUUUCAGAACCUCCAGAAGCAUCUGAAGAAUUUUAUAUGACAAUUUAUGAAGACUCGGUCGCAGCUCAUCUUACAAAAAUCCUCAAUUCUGAUGAACAUGCAGUGGUCAUAUCAUCUGCCAAGAUACUUUGUGAAACUGUAAAGGACUUCGUUGCCAAGGUAGAGAAGGCACAUGAAAAAACGUUGGAAAAAGCUGUUGUAGCAGAUGCCGUGGCCAGUAAAUGUUCGGUCCUCAAUGAGAAGCUUGAACAACUGCUCCAGGCUUUGCACACAGAUUCCCAGGCUGCUCCGGCUCUCCCAGGCAUCGGCUCUCUCAUCGUGGAGGAAGAUCCCGUGGAAUCUUCCAGCGAAGAAUCCUUGUGUGAAAGCAAGGAACAACUCUUGGAUGACACUGCGAAGCCUUCCUCCCAGAAAGCCGUCAAACCGAGGGAAAUAAUGCUGCGGGCAAACAGUUUAAAGAAAGCAGUGAGGCAAGUCAUUGAAGAAGCCGCGAAAGUUAUGGAUGAGCAGCCAGUGCACUCCUCUGAACCAGUUAAUCAGUCAUUCGAUUAUGAUAGCACAGAAACUGAUGAGUCUAGAGAAGAAUCAAAGGAAGAUGAUGCAAAGGAGACAUUAACUGCAGUUAAAACUGCACCUCGAUCUCCAGAUGGCCGGGCAGGACGUUCCCAAACUGACUCUGGCCCUGGUCCAGCUGUGGCAGCCAGCAAAGAAAACCUCCCUGUGCUCAAUACCAGAAUAAUCUGCCCAGGUUUAAGAGCAGGACUAGCUGCCUCAAUUGCUGGGAGUUCUAUUAUUAACAAAAUGUUACUAGCAAAUAUUGAUCCUUUUGGUGCAACGCCAUUUAUUGACCCAGAUCCUGAUUCAGUAGAUGGAUAUUCAGAAAAAUGUGUCAUGAACAAUUACUUUGGGAUUGGAUUAGAUGCGAAAAUUUCAUUAGAAUUUAAUAAUAAGAGAGAGGAGCACCCUGAAAAAUGCAGGAGCCGAACUAAAAACUUGAUGUGGUAUGGAGUCCUUGGAACCCGGGAGUUAUUACAGAGGUCAUACAAGAAUUUAGAACAGAGGGUUCAACUUGAGUGUGAUGGGCAGUAUAUUCCUCUCCCCAGUCUGCAAGGAAUAGCUGUGUUGAACAUUCCCAGCUAUGCUGGAGGCACUAACUUUUGGGGUGGAACUAAAGAAGAUGAUAUAUUUGCCGCACCAUCAUUUGAUGACAAGAUCCUAGAAGUCGUUGCAAUAUUUGAUAGCAUGCAAAUGGCAGUGUCAAGGGUCAUUAAACUGCAGCACCACCGAAUAGCCCAGUGCCGUACAGUAAAAAUCACUAUAUUUGGUGAUGAGGGAGUCCCAGUGCAGGUGGACGGUGAAGCGUGGGUUCAGCCUCCAGGGAUUAUCAAAAUUGUGCACAAAAACAGAGCUCAGAUGCUAACAAGGGACAGGGCUUUCGAAAGCACUCUGAAAUCUUGGGAAGAUAAGCAGAAGUGUGAUUCUGGUAAACCAGUUCUUCGAACCCAUUUGUACAUCCAACACGCGGUCGACCUGGCGACGGAAGAGGUGUCGCAAAUGCAGCUGUGCUCGCAGGCGGCGGAGGAACUCAUCACCAGGAUUUGUGACGCAGCCACGAUCCACUGCCUUUUGGAGCAAGAGCUGGCGCACGCGGUGAACGCGUGCUCCCACGCGCUGAACAAAGCCAACCCACGCUUCCCAGAGAGUCUUACGAGAGACACUGCCACUGAAAUAGCCAUCAAUGUGAAGGCACUGUAUAAUGAAACAGAAUCUUUACUAGUUGGCAGGGUUCCUUUGCAGUUGGAAUCCCCACAUGAAGAGCGGGUAUCCAAUGCCUUACAUUCCGUGGAGGUGGAGUUACAGAAACUAACGGAGAUUCCUUGGCUUUAUUACAUCUUACACCCAAAUGAGGAUGAGGAGCCUCCCAUGGAUUGCACCAAGAGGAACAACAGAAGCACUGUAUUUCGUAUUGUGCCCAAAUUCAAAAAGGAAAAGGUUCAGAAGCAGAAGACCAGUUCUCAGCCUGUUCAGAAAUGGGGCACAGAGGAAGUUGCUGCUUGGCUGGAUCUGCUCAAUUUGGGAGAGUACAAAGAAAUCUUCAUCCGUCAUGACAUCAGAGGGGCUGAACUUUUGCAUCUGGAAAGGCGAGACCUUAAGGACCUGGGGAUACCGAAGGUGGGUCAUAUGAAGCGAAUUCUCCAGGGAAUUAAAGAGCUUGGAAGGAGUACUCCCCAGUCUGAGGUGUAAUCAAAUUGGUGCUAUUCCUUGGAAGGGAAGUAAUCGCUACUUAAUACAAAGUUCUCGGAAGCACUUUGGCUGUUCUUGCAGUUUUCUGCCUAGAUGAGUAAGCACCGCUGAGGCACCUCUAGAGCUUGACAUUUUGCCGUGGGUGAAAAUUUUGAUUUGCGGUAUUUGAAAAAAAAUUUUGUGCCAAAAAAUACAUUCCAUGAAGCCAUUUUCUUAUUGUGCAAACCUGACGCGUUCAAGUAUGCUCAGAGUAGUAAAAAGGUAGGAGGAAUCUGAGACAGUUGCGUUGUCUAAGAGAUCGAAUUGUAGAAUGUUUACUUUCCUUUAACGUGGCCAGAUGGAACAUUCUUACUGUGUAACCACGUAGCUAUGUGGCUAAAAGUACUUAGAUUUCAUUAUUGGAGGCAUUGGUUUCCUCCUAAAAUUAUUGGCUAGAAGACUAAGAUGUACAUUAAGUUGUGAUUUGAAUUGGUAUCACCUCAGAUUCCUAACACUCAGUGGUCAAAGAAUAUGGUGAAAACCCCUCAAAUACUACAAAUGAAUGCAAAUCUUCAUGCACGAUGUUCCUGCCUGAAUUGUCUUUCUGGUUUUUGCAUGUCACAUUUAAUAUGGUAAUACUUAGCUUUAAUGUCAGUUUUAAUGGAAUUUAAUUUAUUACUACCUAAGUACCUUUGUGUUGGUUAAAGGCACUUUUCUGUUCUUUGAUGUGGAAUUUUGCAUCAAUAUUCUAUAUCUAAGAAUUUGUAAACAUGUGUCUGUGCCCUAAUCAACAAAUGAUUUACAUAUUAUGCAAGCUAAUUUUAUAUCAACAGAUCAUAAACAGUAGGUGUGCACAUUAAGAAAAUUCUCUGGAUAUUUUCAUAAAAUUAUAUGCUCUGUUGCCUAACAAAAAUUAUUGUAGCUCUCCAAACCAAAAUUCCCACAUUUCGUUUUUAUUUUCAUUUCAGUUUAAUAAUUCUUUAAUAUCUGUUUGCAUUUAUAAUACAGUAGACUGUUAACAUCCAGAAAUUUCUCCAAGGUCUCAACUGGGAUUUGCAUACUGAUUGGUCCCCAAGACUCACCCACUUAGAAAAGUGACUCCUGAUACAAACUUCUCAACAAGAGGUUUUAAUUUUUUCUUAAGGGCUUUCCAUUAUUAUUAUCUCACUUAAUUCUUGUGUCUUAUCAGGGAGAUAUUAUUUUCCUUUUGCUAAACCACUACAUUUCAGUGUAGCUCAUUAGAACUUAACAUUACAAUGAUCAAAAUCUUUGAAAGCCAAAGGCAUACAUAUCAAAAAGUCACAAAAAUAUCCUUCAAUAAACUUUCUUUAGACAUUCUAUGCCAAAAAACUAAUUAUAACGUUUAAAAAUCUUCUAUAGAAGUAAAGUAAACCGGAUACUGACCCAGUGGUGACAAUUUCCAUAAUGUAGCCUUCUAGGUAGGUGCUCAAUAGAUACACAUACGCACGUAUAUACCUGUACGCAUAUAUGUGUAUAUACACUUCUGUGUACAUUCACACUUGCAAACCUGUAAUCUGACAUAUACUCUCACUGAUAUUUUCCAGACAUUUAUUUACCAAAGGCUUAAAGAGAAAUAUUGAUGGGAAAACAUUUAAAACGAACUAUUGUCAGACAUAGAAUUUAAUUAUAUCAAAAGGGUUUAAAUAGUUGACACUUUAUUCUGAUUUAUAACUUGGCUAUUUACUAGUAAAAUCAGAAAAUUGGGAUCUCUUAGAAAUAAAUGAACUUGAUGGGUUCCUGACCAAGUGUGUCUGACCAUAUAUUUUACCUGUCUAAAUUGUGAAUAAAUGAAAAUUUUCCAAAGGGAAUUAUAUCAAGGAGUUUAAAAGAGCAAAAGGCUACUCCCGUAAUAAUUUUAAUGUUAUCCACACCUAUGGAAUCAAAGGUAUUUCUUCUCCAGUCCCUUUUUAGCCCCCGCCCCCACCACCGCAAAAUGUCCUGCGCUUUCAGGCACUUCCCUAUUGAAAUCAAAUAGGGGGCACCAGGAGCUCAGAACUCUGUUGAGAUCACCAACACCUGACCAGCGCUACCAAAAAA